AUGGCUAAGUCGCUUUACGACGACUUCGUAGCCGUACACUACACGAGUUUCAGAAACACACAUCUGACGGUGUCGUUCUUCGCUUGGCAUCGGUAUUAUCUAGCCACAUUCGAGCAGAAGCUGCGAACAGAAUGCGCAUACAAAGGCGCACUGCCAUACUGGGAAUGGGGCCUUGACAUCAACGAUCCCGCUGCCUCCCCAGUAUUCGACGGCUCCGAAACCUCCCUGGGCAGUGACGGUGCCUUCAUCCCCCACGAUGGCCUUCGUCUCCGACAGCCCUUCUCCAACAACCUCAUCGUCCUCGAACCGGGAUCUGGAGGCGGAUGUGUCAAGUCUGGACCGUUCUCCAAGAUGGUGGUACAUAUCGGACCAGCUGCACUUGCACAGUAUGGUACCGACGUGCCGUUCAACGUCACGGAUCCGCUAGAAGACUUGCCGCGAUGUCUGAAGCGGGAUCUGAACAAGAGCGUUGCGGCGAAAUACUGUUCGUUCCGAAAUACAACAAACCUCAUCACCCAACAACAGACUAUCGAGACCUUCGCACCGCUUUUACAGGGCGAUGAUCGCUUCUUCCCGAAUACCCUGGGUGUCCACGGUGGAGGCCACUUCAUUAUCGGCGGCGAUCCUGGCGCGGAUGGACUGAUCGCGCCUGGGGAUCCCGCUUUCUGGGUCCAUCAAGCCCAGGUCGAUCGCGUCUACUGGAUCUGGCAGAACCUCGACUUUGCCAAUCGACAGGGCGUGUUCGGCACCUUUUCGCUCCAAGAUAAUCCGAAAAGCCCCAAUGGGAGCGUCGACGACCUGAUUGACCUGACACCGUUGACAACGCCCGUCAAGAUCAAGGACCUGAUGAACACCGUGGGCGGCACGCCGCUAUGCUACAUGUACGAAUAG